AUUUUUAGGCGGUCGAUCACGAGGACCAUCAUGCGGAAAAGUCCCGGGGAUCUAAUUAUCGCCAAAGCAGAACUAACAGGCUAACUUACAGUUGUGAGCGACUGUAAAUAGUGUUUUAUUUUCCCACUGAAAGACAAAGACGUUUGUCAAAAAAGAGGCAGCGAAAGCUACAGUUAAACCAAAAUGUCGUCGGAGGAAUUUGAAAAGUUACACGAGAUCUACAGAUCGCUGUAUGACGAGCUAAAGCUAAUGCCAGAGAGAGCUCUGGGCUGCCACGGAGAGGAGAGGAAGAGGCUGGUGAGGACCUUCGAUGAGAGGCAGGGGGAGGCUGAGGAAGUGUUACAAGGAAUGGAAGCAGAGCUGCGUGAUGCGCCUCCCACCCACCGUAAUGCUAUGAGUACAAAGUUGCGCUUGUACCGCCGGGAUCUGGGCAAGCUGCAGAGGGACAUGAAGAACUCUGCUCCUGCGUUUGGCUCCUCUGGCCUGUCAGUGGAGGGAAGUCAUCAUGGCAUCUAUUCAUCACAAAACCAACAGAGUACACACCUGCAGUCCCAGAGGGCAUUGCUGCUCCAGGGCACAGAUUCUCUGAAUAGCGCCAGCCAGAGUAUUGAACGAAGUCAGCGCAUCGCCAACGAGACAGAGCAGAUCGGCACAGAUAUCAUCGAGGAGCUGGGAGAGCAGAGGGAACAGCUGGACCGCACCAGAAACAGAUUGGUGAAUACUGGAGAAAACCUCAGUCGAAGUAGAAAAAUACUUCGUGCCAUGUCGCGGCGGCUGGUGACGAACAAGUUGCUGUUAGGUGUCAUCAUUUUAAUGGAGUUGGCCAUUCUGGGUGCUGUGAUUUAUCUGAAGUUCUUCAGAAAAUGAAACUAUACCUGUCUGAACGGAGUCAACGCUCUGGAUCCAGGACAAACCCAGACUCUCAGCAUCUGUCUCCACUGACUGUCCAGUAGCAAUAAUUUUUUUCUACUGUUUUCAGCCAAUCGUUUCUGUAAAUACAAAAAUGGACGAAAUGACUCAGUCUUAAAGUGAACCUUUACCAAGAGGGGAUUCUGUCCAUGUGAAGGUGAUUUGAUUUUGAACCUGUCAAUGGACCAAACCUACAGAGACUCCUUGGACAAACUUGCUGAGAUUUGCACAGUUUUAUCAGACUGUUAUUGCCAAUGAUGCCCUGCAGGAUGAGUUUUUUGGACUUGCGUGGGCUGCUACCGACCCCAGAGUUGAUUCUCUGAAAGGACUGGAAAGGAGAGUACUAAAACCUGAGUUUAAAUGUAUUAGUCCGAGGUUUAAAUAUGAAGAAAAUGGGUGAAAACUCUUAAAACAUGCAAUGUUCUUAAUGUCUAAUCACUGUAUAGUACAAAAUCACUGUCAGAAAUAGGUUCCAUAUUCCUUUAUCAACAGUCAACACAUCAUUAAAGUUAAUCUUUAACCUCAGUUUGGAUUCUAUCUGAUAUUUCCGAGGACGGCAGCCAAACAGGCCAGGAGUAAUAAACGAAAAACAUCCGCUGCUGAGAUGACGUCGCCAGGAUUUGUUCUGGUCUGAAGCCCAUGACCAGGCCAGGUCAGUGCUGUGCAAACAGCAUCUGUUACUAUGGAAUAAAUUCUCAAAUGAUGGGUGAUAA